AUGAUGGGCAAUCAGAGCGGACAGGUGUCGAACCUGUCAAGUGCCUUACGACAGGUUCACAUAAAUAGCAACAACACUGCUUCCGACCAAAGAAAUAUCGUGCUGGGUGAUAAGUUCAUCGACUCACAGACGGCUGUCCAGGACCCCGGGCUACAGGGGCAACAACAACCGCAACAUCAGCACCAAGAGCAAGAGUUAGACUACUCCAGGAUCACGAAUUUCUUCCAGAAUUUGCCACUAGAAGGUUAUACGUUAUUCUCUCAUAGAUCAGCCCCCAAUGGAUUUAAAGUAGCGAUCGUGCUGAGCGAGUUGAAAGUUCCGUACCAGACUAUAUUUCUUGACUUCAACAAGGGAGAGCACAGGGCCCCGGAGUUUGUCUCGCUAAACCCAAACGCUAGAGUACCAGCGUUGAUUGACCACGGUCUAGAUAAUUUCGCACUUUGGGAAUCCGGUGCUAUUAUGAUCCACCUAGUACAGAAAUAUUACAAAGAGACCGGCUCGCCGGUACUCUGGUCGGACGAUUUAACGGAACAAUCGCAAAUCAACGCCUGGCUGUUCUUUCAAAGCUCCGGCCAUGCACCGAUGAUCGGACAAGCUCUACAUUUCAAAUACUUCCACACCCAGAGAGUCGACAGCGCCAUUGAAAGAUACGUGGAGGAGGUGAGAAGGGUGUACGGUGUUGUUGAGAUGACCUUGGCCCAGAAGAGGGAGGCGUUGAUCAUGGACCUGGACUCGGAGAACUCUGCGUCGUACUCCGCCGGCACCACCCCAUUGUCCCAGAGCAGAUUCUUCGACUACCCUGUAUGGCUAGUCGGGGAUAAACUAACCAUAGCAGACCUGGCAUUUGUUCCCUGGAAUAACGUGGUCGACAGAAUCGGUAUAAAUAUAAAGGCAGAGUUCCCUGAGGUGUACAAGUGCACCAAGCAGAUGAUGAGAAGACCUGGCGUCAUCAAAGCAUUGCGCGGGGAGUAA